AUGAAGACUUCUCUUUUUGCAGCAGUGUUAGGCACUGCUGUUAAUUUUGUCUCUGGAUCUACCUUUAGUCCAGUUAGACCUCCGGCAAUACCUCUAGCUGUCAAAUCACCAUACAUGAAUACAUGGUUGGAGUCCGGAAGUGUUGGUGCCAGUGGAGGUAUUCUACCAGGUUAUUGGCCCGGACCUCAACCUGAUGGCUCGGUUGCUGGAAGUGCUGGCUCCGUAACAGCUUGGGCUGGCCUCAUCAAAGUGGACGGCACAACUUACACUUGGAUGGGGGCUGCGGGGGUCAAUGGAGUUGUACCACCAAGUGUUACUCAAGACCAUAUGGAGUAUACUUCAUCCAGGUCCACAUUUUUAAUGACUGUGGCCGGAAAAGUUUCAAUGAAUGUGACUUUUCUAUCCCCACUCACACCAGAUGAUAUUCGACGACAAUCAGUUAUUGGUACAUAUCUUUAUGUUUCCGUAAAAUCAUUGGAUGGUGCUUCUCAUGCUGUUGAGUUGUAUUGUGAUACAUCUGCUGAAUGGACAUCUAUCCACAAUACUGAUGCCGUUCAAUGGAAUUACACCGUCAACAAUGGCAUUGGUACCCACAGAAGUUGGAGACAAAAUCAGAGUGAAUUCAACGCAGAUUAUGCAGAUGAUCAAGCUCAUUGGGGAUACUGGCUUUGGUCCACCAAAGCUGUCAAUGGAAUGUCAUUCCAAUCAGGACAGGAUGUUGUCGUUCGUGGAAAUUUCCUUAAUAAUGGUUCUCUUCCGAACACCCAAGAUACAGCCUACAGGACUAUUCAGGAUGCCUGGCCAGUAUUCGCAUUUGCCAAUAAUCUUGGAAACGUUGGAAGUACUCCAGUUGAAACCCUUUACACAAUUGUUCAUGCUCAGAAAAAUGCGAUCCUCUUCCUUGGAGAUGGUGGAUUGAGACCUGUUCCAUCUUUAUGGACGAGCUAUUGGAACUCGGAUCUAUCUUUGGUAUCCGAUUUCUAUAAUGACUGGGUCAACAAAUGGGGUGUCUGGGAUCAUAAAUUUGCCGUUGAUUCUCUUGCGGCCGGUGGUCAAGACUACUUAACCAUUACAUCCCUUUCGGCUCGUCAAGCUUUCGGAGCUGUUCAACUUUGCGGGACUCCAGAUAAACCAUACUACUUUCUUAAAGAAAUCAGCUCCGAUGGUAAUACUCAAACCGUUGAUGUCAUCUUCCCCGCCAUGCCUAUCUUUUUAUACUCAAACCCUGUUCUUCUGAAGUAUAUGCUUGAUCCUCUGUUUGAGAACCAAGAAGCCGGUCACUUCCCUCAACAAUAUUCCAUUCAUGACUUAGGUGCUAAUUAUCCCCGUGCCGUUGGACACCCAACUGGAGAUGGAGAACCAAUGCCUCUUGAAGAAUGUGGAAAUAUGAUUAUCAUGACUCUCGCCUACUCUCAACAUACUUCCGACACAGCAUACCUGACUCAACAUUACCCAUUGCUCAAGCAAUGGACUAGUUUCCUCGUCGCGGAAGCUCUUAUUCCAGCAAAUCAACUCUCCACCGAUGAUUUCCAAGGUACACUCGCAAAUCAAACUAAUCUUGCUCUUAAGGGCAUCAUUGCUAUUGAAGCCAUGUCGCGGAUUGCAAAUCUCACUGGAAACUCCGCUGAUGCAUUAAACUAUACAAAUAUUGCACACGAUUACCUCACGAAGUGGGAAACACUUGCCAUUGUCCCAGCAACUGCAUCCGUUCCAGCACAUACCAAACUAGCGUAUCAAGAUUCAACUGGACAUGGUCUUCUGUACAACCUUUACGCAGAUACGCUUUUGAAACUCGACUUUGUCCCAAAACGCAUCUAUGACAUGCAGAGCGAAUAUUAUCCAACCAUUGCCAAUGCUUAUGGUGUUCAACUUGACUCCAGAAAUGUUUGCACGAAAUCCGACUGGGAAAUGUGGGCAGCAGCUAUCGCGUCUCCCUCUACAAAAUCCAUGUUCAUCUCCAAGCUCGCAACAUGGAUUGGCGUAACCCCAACUGACCGCGCCUUCACCGAUCUUUACAAUACUCAAACUGCAGAUUGGUGGUCUGGCCCCUUCAUCGCUCGUCCAGUCGUUGGUGGCCAUUUCGCUCUUCUAGCUAUUGAUGGUUCGCCAUCUACUCUCCCCAAGAGAGAAAUUGAUUGCGAAGCCAGAUGUAGUCUUACCUGUGACGCAAAAUGUAACACAGAAGAUGGAAGCGUGGCAGUCAAAUUCAAGGCAUAG